AUGGAUGAGGCCUAUGACAUUGUCGUAGUCGGCGCCGGCUGGUUCGGCCUCGCCGCCGCCAAGGCCGCGUCCCAAUUGAUGCCGGACAAGACCCUGGCCGUGCUCGAGAGCGCCGAGAGCUGCGGCGGCACCUGGUCGCAGAACCGCCUCUACCCGGGCCUCAAGUCCAACAACAUGCUCGGCACCUACGAGUACCCCGACUUCCCCAUGUCCGAGGACCGCUAUGGCGUGCCGCCCGACACCCACAUCCCCGGUGCCGUGCUGCAUCGCUACCUGACCGACUUUGCCCGCCACUUUGGCUUCUUCGACCGCAUCCAGUUCCACAACCGCGUGCAAGUCGUCGAGCCCGCCGGCGACAACACCUGGCGGCUGACCGUCUCCGGCCCGGACGGCGGUAAGCCGCGCACCGUCAUCGCCCGCCAGCUCAUCCUGGCCACCGGCUUGACGUCGACGCCCAACAUGCCGACGUACAAGGGCGCCGCGGACCUCGGCGCACCCAUCUUCCACGCCAAGGACUUUUGCGCGCGCGCCCCGGAGCUCGCAAAGACGGAGAUCAAGAAUGCCAUGGUCGUGGGCGGCGCAAAGUCGGCGUACGACGUCGCCUACGCGCUGGUCCAGGACCACGCCGGCGCGACCGUCGACCUGGUGGUGCGCGACAACGGCCACGGGCCUGUGUGGAUCGCGCCCUCCCGCGUCACCCCUUUCAAGGCGCGCCUCGACCAGCUGCUGCUGAUCCGGUGGAUGACGUGGAUGGCACCAUGCCCGUGGGGCGGCGAGGACGGCUUCGGUCGCGUGCGCCGGCUGCUGCACGGCACCGCCAUCGGCCGCAUGCUCGUCGACCUCUUCUGGCGCGUUCUCUCCGCCGACGUCGUCGCCGCCAACGGCUACGACGCUCAUCCGGCCGUCCGCAAGCUCAAGCCAUGGAACUCGGCCUUUUGGAUCGGUAGCGGCCUGAGCAUUCUCAACUACGAAACGCCUUUUUUCGAUCUCGUCAAGGAGGGCCGCAUCAGGGUUCACAUUGGCCAAAUCGACCACAUGGAGCGCAACACCGUCGUCUUAGCGGACGGCACCCGCCUACCCACUGACCUCGUCGUGUGCUCAACCGGCUGGAGAAAGGAGUCGCCGAUCCGCUUCGACAGUCUCGGUCCGCACAAGUUCGGUCUCGACGUGCCCGACGCCGAGCUCGCCAAGCUCAACGUCAAAGCCGACGAGGACGUGCUGCGCAUGUUCCCGCGGCUGCGAAACCAGCCGCAGCUGCGAUUUACCCCGCCGACCGGCGAGCCGCUGCGCCUGUACCGCUUCAUGGUGCCGUCGAGCCACGUUGCGGCUCGCAGCAUCGCCUUUGCUGGCGCCGUGUCCAGCAUCAACACGGCCGUGUGCGCCACCGCCCAGGGCCAUUGGAUCGCCGCCUUCCUCUCUGGCCGUCUCGACCGCCUCGCCAGCACCCCCGACGAGAUCUCCGACGAGAUCAUGCUGCACACGCAGUGGGGGAGGUGGCGAUACCCGUGUGGCUACGGCGCCAGUUUGCCGGACUUUGUCUUUGAGGGCCUGCCGUACGUCGACAUGUUGCUGCGGGACUUGGGGCUCGAGAACAACAGAAAGAAGGGCUGGUUCGCCGAGAUGACGACGCCAUAUCUUCCAAAGGACUUUAAAGGCUUGGUAGAGGAGUGGAAAGCCUCACAUGACGAGGCGGAAACGACGGCUUAA